AUGUCGGACUAUUUUGCGCUUCCCAAGCAGGAAAACCGUGAUUCCUCGAAACAGUUGGAGACUCCGGGUUCUACUCCGGGUUCUUCCAGGAACUUAGGGCCGCCAAGCAACUACCGUUCACUUGGAAAUAGUGACGAUGAACUGGCGUCCCUAUAUUCUGGAAACUCACAAUAUCUGAUGAACAUGAUUCCUGACUCAUUGACGCUGAAAAAUGAGCCGACAUACGGAAAUCCGGCCAUGCCCACACCCACCAAUGGGCUCGAUAGUAAGGGCAAUAAAGAUGUAAAACUAAACGAGUAUAUAUUACCCAAGACAGAAUCCAGGUCGCUUUAUCAUGUCAACGUGCCCAUUCCAAAAAAAUCACCCAAGGGUGAAAGGAAGGCAAAGGGACAAAACGUCAAGGACAAGGCUGAUCCUUCUGAUUUAGAGGCAGAAAACGCUUACGAGGUUUCCACGGAAUUUGUCAGGGAAUAUCCGACCGAUAUUUUAACUGAUAGAUUCCACAAGUGGAAAAAGAUAUUGAAAUGCUUGAUCGCCUAUUUAAGAGAAGCUGCCUAUUCUCAAGAACAAAUUGCGAGGAUCAACUACCAACUGAAAAAUGCCGUAAAGUUUGCUUUUCUCACUGACCUAGAAGAAGGAUCAAACAAAUUGGUCGAUCCAACUGUCUCGAAGCUGCCUACCAAGAAAGCUCAGUCGGUCCCCUUCGCUCUUCAAAAACCAGACAGCCAAUCUCAUGUAGAUGCGGAGCAGUCGCAACCUGUUGAGGCAGUAGCCAUAGAAGAGGUAACAUCUGCCUCAUCCGGUUUCAUGGAAUUUGGGUCCGGAUCCAUCCAAGACAUUCAAGUCAUUCUGAAAAAAUAUCAUUUGUCUUUAGGUAAUCAACAAUAUAAAAUCUCGAAGGAGAUCGUCGCAUACCUUAUUCCCAAGUUGGCAGAGCUACGUAAAGAUCUGACUGCCAAAAUGAAAGAAAUAAAAGAUUUAAACGGCGACUUUAAGACCAAUAUAGGCGAUCAUAUUGAAGUAACAAAUAAACUUCUAGACAAAUACAUUGCGUCAGUGAAGUUCUUAGACGAAGCAUGCGACCCUAAUAAUAAACAAAAGGAAAAAUUAAAGCCAAAACAUGACCCAUAUCUUUUAAAGUUGCAACUAGAUUUACAAUUGAAAAGACAAUUGCUGGAAGAAAAUUACCUACAAGAAGCCUUUAUAAAUCUACAAUCCGCCGCACUUGAAUUGGAGAAAAUUGUUUAUUCCAAAAUCCAAUGUGCCUUACAACGCUAUUCAGCUUUGAUUGAUUCAGAAGCUCGUCUAAUGGUCAAAAAUUUGUGUCGUGAACUCCAGCAAGGUAUUUUAUCUAGGCCACCAGCUGUAGAAUGGGAUAAUUUUGUUACUCACCAUCCUACUUGCCUGAUGGAUUUGAAAUCAAAUGAUCCUCUGCCACAACCCAGAAAAGUUUCUGAUAUCGUUUACCCUAACAUGAAAUCGCCAUUGGCGAAAUGUAUUAGGGUGGGAUAUCUACUCAGGAAAACAGAACAUUCUAGUUAUUUCAGUAGAAGUUAUUUUGUAUUGACUACAAAUUAUCUUCAUGAAUUCAAGAGCAGCGAUUUUUUUUUGGACAACAAGUCAUUUCAUUCAAGGAAUAGGACCACUGAACAUUCAGACAUCACCCUCGCCAAUGAUAAGUGUACAGCUACUGGCAGUCACUCCUCGAGCAAUGGAACCCAAGAUUUGAAAUUGCCCAAAAGAAGAAAAGGGCUGAGCUCUUCAAAUUUGUGUCCCGUGAAUAGCCUGUCUUUGAAUGACUGCUCUUUGAAGGAGAGCUCCGAGAUAACCUUUACAUUACAAGGGUAUGCUAGUCAUCGCUUCUCGGAAGAUGCGUCUUCAGUAACGGCACUAGAUACCACGACAAAUUUGGCAGAUGCAACAAAUGCAUCGGCUACAACCAAAGGGAAACAUCAACGGACGCCUUCAACUCUCUCGAUGGUGUCCGUUCCAAAAUUUUUGAAGGGGUCAUCCAAGUCGAAAGAACAAAAAAAGGCUAAAAGGAAGUCUUUAGAAGUGAAGGAGUCUAGUGUGAAUAGUAAGGCAGGUGAUGAGCAGCACGUCGAAUGGACGUUUAAGAUUUACUCUAGUAGUUCCGAGCCAACUUCUGAAGAACUGAAGAAUUUUAGGAAAUGGGUUCAAGAUAUGAAAGCUCUUACAAGCUUCAACUCUACUUCAGAAAGGUGUAGCUUUAUUGAAGAAAAGGUCUUUAAGAGCAGGAGUUACAAUAAAGGGGAAGAUUCUCGAAGCCUCAAAAACAGAAUGUCGACCACACCAGUAAACAGCCUUCCCGAGAGUACAACGUCAUCCUCCUCUACUUCAAUGCUAAAUACAAGGAAGAAAGCAAACCGUCCCCGUCCCCAGUAUAUAGAUAUCCCGAAGACUGCGAACGUUGGGGCAGACGCUUUGAAUUCCGCAUAUAGGUCUAAAGUCAACACACCUGCCAUUGAUGAAAAUGGUAAUCUGGCUAUAGUUGGUGAAACAAAAAAUAACUCCUCACAAAGUGCCAUUAGCAGAGAAGGUGGAAUGCCUCCCUUAUCGCCCUCUUCACCUCGCAAUGGAGCAGGUAACUUCUAUAGUUUAUCAACCUUCUCGCCUCAAAAAACAUCGCCUUCUGGAGAGGUACCUCAAAUAGCUAUCAGUAAUCACGACAUUGAGGCUGUUAUUCCGGCAAGUGCGUAUUUUGAUGAUAGCCAUAAAUCAUCUCGUGCUUCUAGUGUUUCAUCUAUUAGUAAUCAACGCAGGCCGUUCUCACUUUCACCAUUGAAGAAUUCACCUGGUGAUUCACCCAGUUGUGUACCAUUGGACGCCAGUGCAAAUGGAUAUUUUGGAAUCCCGCUAAAUUGUAAUUCGGAAUCAAGAAGGGGAUCAGAACUUUCAGCUUUUGAAAAUGAGUCACCUUUAUUGGAGGAAGAUAGAGACCAAAAUCUCGGCGGCUCUCGUAAGAGUCGUAUAGGCUACAUCCCCCAGCAAUCUGCUUCGAGGGUGGUAUCGAACGAAUGA